AUGGCAUUGUUUUCCAUUCUUGGCAGCUUGAGCGCUCUGGGUGCAUCCUUGCAAGAGAGUAGUCAGGACCACGUGGGUCGCAUUCUUCAGAUGUUUGUAGCAGCCACCGUGAUUCGCUACAGCUCGGCCUUCAAAUCGCUUGCAGAAACCAUUCUUGAUUUGGGUUUUUCCUUGGAAUCUUUGACCUCGGUUCAGCUUGCAGAUGCUCUUGUCGUUUUGAGCCUGGCGCGUAGCAGUGACCCGGAAUCGGGAACUCAUUCAGCGACUGCCAUCAAGGCUAUCAGGUGGGUUAAGCGUACUUUCGAAGUAGCAUGCUAUGAAGUUGCGUAUUCACCCUUGAUUGCCAGCUUUCUGAAAUCCAAGAUUCCCCGUGAACGCAAGGAAGCUGUGCCCUUGUCUCUUUAUGUCGUUAUGCAUUUUGAGCGACGCUUGCUGAUGCAAGAAGCCACGGACUCAGAAGAAAGUUGUCUUCGCGUCGGCAUGACACCGGAGUUGUAUGGGAAGCUCAAAGAAAAAGGCUACGACACCUUCGGGAAAAUUGCCUUUGCUGCUGCGAGCUCUCCUCAGGCCCUGACAGACGAGGCCAUCGAUGAGUGGUUGGCCACGGUCGUGGACCCGAGGCCCUCUGCGUUUCAAGCCCCCGAUCCGGUGUGCGACACGAAUGGUGCCUAUGCGCUUCGGCAGGCUUUCUUUCGCCGAUCGCUAGCCCUAGACUUGGGCAACCUGUGCACCUUUGAGGUCAUGGAGGAGUGGGUUAACUCCAUCUUUGAGUUGACCCAGCGUCAGGUUCCCACGGGGUACACCAAGGUCUCCUUGUCGCAGAUCGUAGCAGCCGAUAAGGAGCUCUUCAUCCGUGCAGCCAAUAACCUUGAGGGCAAGCUUCAGAAACCGGUAGGUGCUGCUAAGCCAUUGGAUUCUGAGCUGAAGCGUCUGUCGGUGUCGCAUGACAUCACUCAGUUCUUGUCACCCUUGCUCUCACCGCCUCCACCGGCCCAUCCGACCAAGAGGCCCCAGGAUGGCGAUGAUGAUGCACCGCCCAAGAAAGUCAAAGGCAAAGGCGAUAAAGGCAAUAAAGGCGGGGGCAAGGGUCGUGCCAACCAGCUUAGGAAGCUAGAACUCCUUAAAGUUAAGCUCCUCGCCAAGACCCUUGAAGAAGACGAGCGGAAGCAUGGUUUUGACGACAUGGGGGUAGUGGAUCUGAUGAAAAAGGGGGAGGCCUCUAACUCCGAGGUUGCUGAACAUUUCAUCGAGGGGCCCUACACUGAAGCACAGGUCACUCAGAUCUUCGGCCAUUCGGUCAACGAAGCUUUCACUUCCCUGAUCAAGCUGGAGCUUCAAGGAGCCGACUUUGUUUCAGGCCUAGCUCUGCUGAUUGCCCGGGCUGAAAAGGAACGCUCAGACCGCCUGGGUGUCCCGGCUAGGCAAUGGCUAGGGCGGACCCUUGACCUUUCGAAAGCGUACAAGCAAUUAGCGGUACUACCGCUGCACCGUGACAUUGCCGUAAUCUGCCAUCCCAAUGAGAAGGGGGAACCACAAUUCUUUGUUGCAAACGCAUUGAUGUUUGGCUUGACUUCGUCGGUGUAUGGAUUCGUGAGGGUGGCCCGAAGCCUGCAUUUCUUGCUGUGCAAAGUGCUGAAGAUCCCCUCAGCAAACUACUUCGACGAUUACCCUCUCUUCGCUUUGAGAGAGGGUGCCCAGGAACUUGACGGUUUGACUUCGGAAUUCUUGGAACUCUUGGGGUGGCGCUUCGCCCAGACCGGGAUAAAGGGUCAACCGUAUGAAGAAACCUUCACGGUACUCGGAAUGCAGCUGGACGUCAGCCGCCUCCACGAGGGUGUUGCGGUACUAGCCAACAAAGAAGGCCGUGUCAAGCGCAUUGCCGAAAUGCUCGGUAACAUCUUUGACCGAGGUACCCUUGGCAGGCAUGAGGCACAGGUGCUCCUGGGACUUUUAAACUACGCCUCUGGAUUCUUUGCGGGCCGAUCCCUAAAGCCGGCAUGCCACUUCCUGCUAUCCUUGGUUCGUGGGAAACGCCCGACUGCUGCCGAAAUACAGCGCUUCUGCAAAACCACCCAGGCUGUCUUGAGCACCACGCCACCGAGAAUCCUUCGCAUCUUUGACCCGCGACCGCCCAUCCAUGUCUGGACGGACGGUGCUUGGGAAGACCCUUGGGCUGGAAUAGGUGCGGUUGUUCUAGACACGCUAGACGAUAGCGCUAGGGUUUUUGCUGGUUGUGUGCCCACUAAGCUUUUGGAGCGAUGGAAGCUGGAUGUGGGAUCGCAGCUUAUAUGCGAAAUCGAACUCUACGCCUUAGUCACUUUGCGUCGUAUGCUCCAAAACAGCCUGUGCAACCGAAGAGUCAUCUUCUGGCUGGACAACGAAGCUGCACGCACAUCAGCAAUCAAAGGUUUGAGCAAGAGCGAAUCCAUGUAUCGCUUAGCCCACUAUCUUGCAGUGAUUGAGGCUGAGGCUCCUUGCGUUGCAUGGUACGAGAGAGUGCCAUCCUUUUCAAACGUGGCAGACCCUCCCUCACGAGGUGAUGGGCAAAGCAUACUCAGCUUGGUAGGCGCCAAGGUUGUAGACAUUAUUCCAGCUCUGAGGGGCCAACAGAAACUUCGGUACGCCAUAACCGGUGGCGCUCGGUUCAUGACCCCGCUUCAUCGUGGCUCUCAGCACCCUCUGGAGGAGCCACCAGUGCAGAUCGAAUCAUUCAGCAAGGUUGCAGAUUCCACUCCGUUCGAACAUUUCCCUCAGUUUGUUAUGCAGGAUGGAUUACAUCUGCCUGAGUUCGAGAAAACAUCAGAGAUACCCAAGCCAGUCGUCCCAGCCCCACUUUGGGAUGUUCAGUCAUCAGAUGAGGAAUCACUGGACAGCAGCGGCGACGAAUCGCCCAAUCUCCCCGACUUAGGAGAUGCAGAGGAGUUUGUGCUCGCAUCCAGCACAGGUGUUCAUCAUGCGAUGGUGCCUACCUCAGGGCCUUUUGGGAUCACCUUUCGAGGUCAAAAGCUGCGACCAGUUUGUGGCGUUUAUUUGGAAGCAGAUAAUAUCACUUGGUGCGAGCAGUAUUCUCCAGCAAUCACCUUGUGCAAACGUGCUGACAGCUCUUCAGAAAGCGACAAUUCGUUCUGUCUGGAGUACUUUGCAGGCUCAUGGGUGGAAUCUUUUGCCCCAAAGAUAUCAUCCUCUUCGAUUUCCGAGAUGAAACGUAAGUAUCUGGUGAACUACCCGUCCGAGAUCCUCAACUAUUCCACCCAGCCGUCAACAAGGUUGCUAAGCCUCGCAUCCCACCAGCAGAACAAGAAGGAUUGGCGCUGGAUCCCCUGGAAGUUCAGGAUGACGGAAGAGCGAGCAUCAGAGAUUCUGAUGUCUCGCCCUAACAAGCAAUCACGGCUUGAGGCCAUCGGGCUCUCUGGUAUGUUGCUUGACGAACCUCCUGCACUUGAAAUCCAGGAUCACUCUAUGGGGGUGAAUGCUAUUCAGAAGCUUAUGAAUGUUCAUGACGUAUCCUUGGCAAUGGUUGGCACGGCCCAUCUCGCCAGGUUGAAGGGCUAUACGACAAAGUUCAUUUCACUGCUGAGUCAAAAAUUCGACGCAUCAUCGGGCUUACGGCCACCAUCAGUACUUGAAGCACAACAGGCUGAUUGCCGCUUGUGGCAGGGCAUGAUCACCUUGGUCACCGACAAAGGCUGGACUAUGGAUGAUGCACUCUAUGAAUUUACAGAGGUCAGGGGCGAGAUGCCCAGUCUUCUUCAAGCUCGAGCGCGUCCUCCUCCCAUUCCCAAAGGCUGGGACGGGAAAGGCAAAACCAACAAGGGUCUAGGGAAGAUGCUCGUGGAAUCCUAUGCCAAGGGUUACGCAUCCCAAGCGGCUAUGAAAGGCAAGGGAAAGGACAAAGGCAAGUCCAAAGAGGCUAAAGGCGGCUCCAAUAUCAACUUUGUGAAGUCCAUUAUGGUGGGGUUCAGGACUUUUCGAGCUUGCUCCAGCAGUGGCUUCGUCGUUCGCGGUGCAUCACAUGAGAACCCCCAGAGCGCCGCGAUGCUGGUAUGGUAUUCUAUGGGAAAACGGGGCACGCAGGUGGACUUGGAGAAGUCACUCAUUCUCUUAGCCGCCUCUUCCAUGAGAAUGUACUUACGGCUGGCGAAGCAGCUGCACCCAGAUGUCAACAAGGCAGCUGGGGCUGAGCAGAGUUUCCAGAAGGUCCGGGAUGCCUACGAGGUUCUAUCCAACGACGAUAAGCGUCGUGAGUACGACCGUCAGAUAGCUCCUCCUGAUCGUGGGCCGCGAUCAGGACCUGACCCUCGGGCUACAUGGAUGUACCGCAGCCGAACUGGGCAGCCUGGAGGAAUGAGCGGCAAGCCUUUCGGCUUCACGGAUGAGGCAGCAUGGAGAGCUCGACAAGAGUAUGAGGAAAUGCGGAGACGCGCAGAAGAAGCGCAAUUUUAUGCAGAGUUCAAUCAGUAUCGUUACCGGCAAAGUCUUUUCGAAUCACUUCUACGAUUUGUGCCACUUGUGGUGCCAUUAUGGUUUGUCGCCAUGCUUUUUGGUCUCUACCGGCGGAGUCGUUCAGUGGAUCAGGGAAAUCCAGCGGAGAUGCUGUAUUGGGAUGAAUUUGAUCGAGCUUGGGCUCGAGAUGCUUAUGGAAGGAUUCAUCGCCUGCCAGACCUGGACAAGCAGCGCUAG